AUGAUCCUGUCCCAGGGAAAGUGUAGCCUCACUACCUGCACAACACGAUAUCUGGUGGCCAUGGCAGCAGCAGAUCUACUGGUCAUUAUCAGUGAAGUCAUAUUGAGGCAAUUGCGUUUUUAUUAUUACCCAUUGUGUUUCCUGGACAUCACUCCCGUGUGCAGUGUUAUCAAUGUCCUGAUCCGUGCAUCCAUAGACUGUUCCGUCUGGUUCACUGUCACAUUCACAUUUGAUCGGUUUGUCAGCUUUUGUUGCCACAAACUGAAAACUAAUUAUUGCACUGGGAAAAAUGCAUCUGCAAUUCUAUCAACGACUGGUAUUCUGCUUUGUUUAAAAAAUGUUCCCUGGUAUUUUAGAUUUGAGCCUAAAAAGAUGAUCAGAAACAUACCAUUUUACUGUAGGAAUAAGCGAAGCUACUUUACUGACUCACGUUGGAUUGGAUUCAGCUCAUUUGCUGUGGCUUUAACCCCAUUGGUGCCAUUCGUUUUCAUUGUGUUCCUCAACGUUCUGACAAUCGCACGCAUUUUAUUUACAAGUCGAGUCCGUAAGGGACUGAGGGGUCAGAGGAAGGAAGAGAGGCAGAGUGACCCAGAGAUGAAGAGUAGAAUUAAGGCAGUGACUUUACUUUUCACUAUAUCUGGCAACUUCAUAGUUCUCUGGCUGCUCUAUGUCUUAUAUAUCCUAGAUGUCCUAGAUCCGUACUUUAAAGGUGAUGACUACGAAAUCUUUGAACAAGUUGGAUACAUGCUGCGCAAUGUAAGUUGCUGCACAAACACCCUUAUUUACAUGGUGACUCUGUCCAAGUUCAGAGCUCAGUUCAAAAGAGUGUUGAAAUAUCCAGUUUCCAGAAUUAUUGAACUAGUUACUGCAUAA